GCUCAUUCGCGGCACAUGCGUCCGGCAAGAAUAAUUAACGGCACUGCGAGAGAUAUGGGAAACAAGGCUAACCUCCUCAAUAUCUCUGCGCUGUUCUUGUGCGUGCUCUGUGCAUCAUCAAGAACGACGAACGGGCACCUACUAACGAAGAGGGAACUUGUUGCAGCCUGCACCCCUCCGAAGUUUGAUGUCGUGAAAGUGACUCCAGAGCCCACGCAGGUCACCAUCAACUGGAGAAUGAAUCGAUUGGAUAACGUUGCUAAUUGUGGUUACAACGUCAGCAUCACAUGGAGCCUGAAAGACGGAGUGCUCCAAGAAGACGAAGUGCAAGAAAACGAAAGUCAAGAAGGGAUAUACAUAGUUUCUGGUCUAAAGCCUUACAGCCCUGUACACGUGACUCUGGGAUUACGGUACACUGACAAGAAGGGCGUCAACCACACUGGAGAAGCUAGCGUUCUUGUUACCAAGACAGCAGUCGGCAAACCCUCCCCACCGAGGAACUUCAGAGUGACCGCUUACGGAGAAAAACAUAUUUCGCUUGAGUGGGAGUCUCCCAAAGUUCUUAACGGCCCGCUGGACGGAUACGAAUACAGGGUCUGCCCUGUGGAUACCUGCGACACUGAGCCUAGUCGAAGCUGCAGUGAGCCUCACUACGAAUUGCAGCGUUUGUUUACUCUCAGUCCUGUUAAGCAGCAGCAGUACUACUGGGUUUGGCUGGCAGGGUACAACCUAAUCGCAAACGGGAGCGAGCCGGACGGCAAGGUGGUGGGAAACUACUCGGCACUCUGCGUCAGGACAAUCAAAUCAGCACCACCUCCGCGGUCUAUGGAAAUCGAAAUAGUGAGUGAUUCUUCUUCGGAGAAGACUCAGGUUACUGUUGAAAUCCCCGUCAAUUUCUUCAAUCAAGUCAACGGAAAUGUCACACAUAUUGAAUGGCUCGUAGCGGAGGAGUCGCAAAUAGACAACUGCCAUGCUCCCGCGAACUGGAAAGAAGCCCACUUGCAGGACCCGGUCCAGUGUUACAGUGUCAUAUCUGAAGGGCAAAUCUGGAACAUUACAGGUUUCCCACCGGGAUGUCAAACCUCAGGCGAUGUCGUUCGGUGCGUGAUAGGUACUGAUGAAGACUGCGGUUCAACCAUCUGUAAUGGUAAAGUCAAAGAGGGCGUCACGUACGGGAUAAAGCUAAGGGCGUAUAAUAGCGCCGGAUACUUCGAUUCCCAGCCGUCAUUCUUCAGAGAUGGAAAUCCAGCUAAGUCUCAACCUCCGUCGGCGCCAAGGAAUUUCACGGUGUCAAAAAAGGGACCUGAAGGUGUCACAAUGAUUUGGGAGGAGCCAGAAAAUCCAAACGGUCUACUGGAGGGUUACACCUACGUUGUCUGCAACGUCGAUUCGUGUGGAAGCGAGCCUCCCAAGAGGUGCAGCGAUUAUCGGGAAACACCUGAACGUACCGUUACGGUGACAGCUACUCCAGAUCAAUACUACUGGGUUUGGCUAGCGGCGUACAGGAGAGACAGAUGGACGAACCAAAUGAUCAUCAGCGAACAUGCAAGAAUUUGCUUUCGAACUGCGCCGCCACGACUUAGCGCUCCCAAGAAUUUGAUGUUGACUUCGGCGAGCCCGCAAGAGGUAGCGAUGAAGUGGGAGUCACCCAAUGAUCCAAGCGGUACCUUGGUGGGAUACGUGUACGUUAUCUGCAGAGUGGAAAGCUGCUCGAAGGAGCCUCCCACGACGUGCAGUGACCUGCGCGUUACAUCGGAUCGUAGCCUUAUAUUAACAGCACAUCCGAACAACUACUACUGGGUGUGGAUGGCCGCGUACAACCAGGACUCGGAUACAGGCAACAAAGUCCUAGGUCCCUACGCUCCACUGUGCUUCCGAACACCACCCGAUACGCCUUGAAGACUUCACCCGGAAGCGAAGUAAAUGGCGCGAGAUCGGGCUGUGGACUUUGAGUAUAAACGUCGUCAAUCGAUAUCGAUAUGCUUGGGAUCUUGGCUAUCGGGAGACUCUACAAGAUCGUGGUGACGGGAUUAUUGGUGGUUAAAAAUAAAGGUGUCUGAAUCUUGUU